AUGGCGGUGAGGAGGGCGACGGAGGGGGUGGGGAGGGUGCUACUGGAGGAGGUGCAGCGGUGGGGGGGGAUGAAGCAGACAGGUGUGGGGCUCCGCCACAUGAUGGAGUUCGGAUCCCACCCGACGGAGCGGAAGCUGAUGCAGUCCGCGCAGUUCCUGCACAAGGAGCUUCCGAUCCGGAUUGCGCGCAGGGUCGUCGAGCUCGAUGAUCUCCCCUUCGGUCUCUCCGACAAGCACGCCGUCCUCAAGGUGGUUGACGCUGCAUUCGCCUGUGAUCUUCUGGUUCUACGUUUCCCCUUUCCUUUUCUCGGUUCCCUUGCAUGUGGAUUUCCUUGCCGGCGUGGGAAUUUAGGGGAGCGGAGUUUCCGUUCGCUCGGGGUUUCACCAGCAUUUCUGUUCUCGGUCUUCGUUUUCUGUCGGUUUGAACCUCUUGGAAGGGGUUUUCAUAGAUUUUAACCCUCUUUUUAUAGUCACACAUACGGAUUUUUUUGGAUCGGACUAAACAUUUUGAACGCAUUUCUUCGAGACUGAUCUUUUUUCGGAGGUUUCCGUCUCUCAGCAUCUCUGCGAGGAGUACUGUGUCGGACAGCAAUCUGAUGCUCUCCUUUGGCCGAAUCUCCCGGCGAUGGAAUUUCAGCUUUUCCCUUGCAAAGGGGAUCGUGCAGGCCUAUGCGCAUGAUUCUCAGGAAUUUUUUUCAUACAAUUAAAGUACCAUAUCGGUUAUAUAAUCUUCUGAAUUUGGAUCGAUUAGCGAUGAUCGAAAACUGCAGGAGAUCAGAAUCGAACUAAUUGAAUUGGGACAGCCUUUUCUUAUAUCUGUUCAUUCUGUCUCUCUUGUUUCAAGGUGAGGGACUGGUACUUGGACUCCUUCCGCGAUCUUCGGUCCUUCCCAGAUAUCAGAGAUGCCAGCGACGAGUUAGCUUUCACAGACAUGAUUGGGAUGAUCAUGGUCAGACACAAGGACGUGGUGCCUACAAUGGCUUUAGGCGUUCAGCAGCUGAAGAAAGACUUGAGACCGAAGGCUGCAUCCAGUGACCUGGAGGAAAUCCAGAAUUUCCUCGAUCGCUUUUACUUGUCAAGAAUUGGGAUCCGCAUGCUUAUCGGUUAGUUCUUCACCAAUUUUCCUCUUUUUUUUCUGCGUGUUCUUUCCUUUUAUGGAAAAUUUCGAUGGGAUUUUGUUGAAAUAUUUCCUUUUUUGUUGCGGGGGGGGGGGUUAUAAAAAUACAGGGCAGCAUGUUGCUCUGCAUGAUUCAGACGCAGAACCCGGCUGCGUUGGCCAAAUCAACUCCAAGAUGUCGCCUAUUCAUGUGGCUCAGAUAGCCAGUGAGGAUGCACGUGCUGUCUGCAUGCGGGCAUAUGGCGAUGCUCCUGAUGUUAAUAUCUAUGGAGAUCCCAAUUUCACCUUCCCGUUAAGUUUCUCUCUCUCUCUCUCUAGGUUUUGAAAAAUAAUUAUUUAAUAAAAACUUUGAGAUUGAAACAAAUUAACAUUCCAAUCUGUUCAAUUCGUAAUCCUUCAAGAAGCCAUUUAACUUGGGAAAAUUUAAAUUACUUUAAUAAAUUUUAAUAUUGAAUAUUAAAAAAAUUAUGUAUGAUUUGACCCUGUUUUUUUGUGUAUCAGUUACGUGGCUUCACACCUGCACCUCAUGAUGUUUGAACUAGUCAAGAACUCCCUGCGCGCAGUUCAGGAACGAUACGUGAAUUCUGACAGAGAUGCGCCUCCAGUUAGGAUCAUAGUAGCCGACGGCGAGGAGGAUGUCACAAUCAAGGUAACCGAUAUUUCUGCGAGUAAUUAGUCGAAAAAAUAGAAAAAUUAAAAUCAGCUCCUAGAUUUUUAUUUUUAUUUUCUUGUUAUGGUCAUAAUUUCUGUUCACAUGCAGAUUUCAGACGAGGGCGGUGGCAUACCGAGAAGCGGCCUUUCUAAGCUGUUCACAUAUCUUUAUAGUACGGCAGAAGCUCCCCAGUAUGAGUACCAUAACAAGGUGAACAACGGGGUUACCAUGGCUGGAUAUGGAUACGGGCUUCCCAUUAGUCGUCUCUAUGCGCGGUAUUUUGGCGGUGAUCUUCAGAUUAUCUCCAUGGAAGGAUAUGGUGCGUAGAUCUUUGCUAUAAAUAGACUCCCAGUUCUUCCCUCUAUAUUCUGUCUUAAUUUUUCCAUUUAAUUAUUGCAUGACUCCCAUGGUAAAUCUGAUAUUUAUUAUUUAUAUAAAUUCAUAGUGAAAUAUUUUCCAUAGCUAUUCUCAUUUUCACUAGGCUUUCUGAAAUGGGUUUGAUGAAAUAUUAUGAACUAGCCCAGCAUCAGCUUCCAUAAAUACACAUAAUUUCUCCAAAGUUUCGUCACUAACUUGUGCUUAUAUUGAUGAUUAAUAUUCAUAAUUCAUCAGAUACAUCUGCUAAAACCAAGGUUCCAAUCCGUCUCUCCCUGUGGCAGGAACCGACGCCUACCUCCAUCUGUCUCGCCCGGGAGAUUCCCAAGAACCAUUGCCAUGA